AUGGCAACAAAAAAACAUCGAAUUAAUUCACAAGAUAAAAUUAAUAUUGAUAAUUACAAUGUUGAACAUCGUUUGCGAGAAGCUAUUGCAAAAUUACCAAUUGAACGAAGAAUUGAUCUUGAUUUAUCAAAAAUUUAUCAACAAUUAAUUGAAUCUUUUUAUACAUAUGAAUCUCAUCUAGCAAAUUUUGUAUUUGAUCGUGAUAUGCAUAAUAUAAUUUAUUCACUUGGAUUUGUACCAGUUAGUUUUUUAGAAAAAAUAAUUGUCUAUACAAUUUUUGGUCGAGAAAAAACUCACAGUGAAAUUAAUGAAUUAAUACUCGCUAUGCGUUAUCAUCCAUUAUCAUGUACAAAUGAACGAGAAGAAAUGGAUGCUGAACAUCAUUUAAUUCAUAUAUAUGAUUUUGCUGAUAUAAUUAUACCAAAAUUACUUAAUAAUGAAUAUAAGGCAGCUGAUGAACAAUAUUUAUUAAAAUGUUUUAAAAAGCUAGAUCAAAAUAAUAAAAAUUAUUUACAUAAGAAAUUAUUUGUUCAAACAAUGUCAUCAAUGGAAGAUGCUUUAGAUGAAAACGAAUCUGAAGAUUUAUUAAAUUUUUUAAUUAAAAAUGAAAAUUUAUCAAUUGAAAAUUUACCAGAUUUUUUUGAUUAUAAACGAUAUAUUAAACAUUUAUUACCACAACGACAUCUCAUUUAUCUUGAUCUUGGUGUUGCAAAAUGA